UUGCACCUCACACAGUAAAAAACUUGUCAAAACAUAAUUAGGUAGAAAUAAUACAAUAAAACAUAUAAACCGGUAGUUUGAUGGAAUGUAAAACUUUACAAGGAGUAAAUGAUUUGGGUUCAUUUGUGCUUCAUAUAUAUUUUUUACAUUCUGCUCACAACAAUCCACUGAGCUGUUUGACAUGUCGGGGCUGAACUAGAACGGCAGGGAAAAGAGGCGCUCUUUGAUUUUCUGUUCUCAUUUGUUUGCACACACAGAAACACGCAGUCGCACCUUCGUGUUUUGCCAGGACUGUUCAUGUGUUUUGCAUAAAGUGAGUGUGUGGUCGUUGUGUGUCAAGUGAGAGGAUCGAUAUGGAGUAGAGCAGCCUCGGGAACGGAAAUUUGGUGAGGACAGAAGAUUAUGAUGGCGGAUCCAGAGGUAUCAACACAGAGCGGAGGCUAUGAUGUGGAUCUGUUUGUGGACACUCCUGACUAUGAUCUGAUCUGCACCAUAUGCCAAGGAGUCCUCAGGUGUCCAGUAAGAGCUGCAUGCCACCACAUCUUCUGCAAGAAAUGCAUCUUACAGUGGCUGAAGAGGCAGGAGACCUGCCCCUGCUGCAGAAAGCCUGUUAACCCCAGCUUGAUCUUUGUCAUGCACAAGCUGCGCAAAUCUAUUGGAUGCAUGAAGAUCAAGUGUAAGAAUGAAAUCCGUGGUUGUAGAGAAACUUUUGCCCUCUCUGAGCAGUACUACCACAGUGUGAGCUGUCUGUAUGAGCUCAUCUCUUGUCCAUACCAGGGCUGCCGAGCCCAACUCCUCCGACGGGCCUUAGACACACAUGUACGCUACUGUGAACACUGGUGCCAGCCCUGCCACAUGGGCUGUGGGACGAUACUCUCUCACCGCACCCAGGCUCAACACAACUGCUACAAGAAGCUGAGGCAGGAGUAUGAAACUAGACAGAGGAACCACAGGGCCAUCGCCACCGCCCUGCAGAGGAAGAUGAGGAGGAUGCAGAGCACCAUGGCCCACAUGAAGAGGCAGAUAGAACUGAUCUGUGAGAGCUUGGAGGUGAUGGAUGAUCUGUGUGAGGUGGAGGAGGAGGACCACAGAGAGAGCAGUGGCAGCAGUGGGGCUCCAUGUAGCAACAACAGCAACUGCUGAGUCAUUUACUGCUGCUGGUUGGUUAGUGCUGUGUAUAAUUUUAACAUGUGUUAAUUUCUUUGGAAGCAUGAUUAUGGAUAUGUAGGUAGGUUUAUGAUUAAAAUGAGUGAAUUUAAAGGAAUUUUGCAUUGCAUCUGUUUUGUAAAAUAAAGAAUUUAACAUUACACUGUUAUCAGACCUGCUCUUGAUUUUUAUUCAUUGGAAGAAUUUUGAAGAAGGACUGGAAAUCUGUUUUUAAGACUGAACUGUCUUAGUUUACAGUAUAUCAAGCUCAUUUGAUGUAAAGUUAUAUUUUAUCAAAUCAUUCCAUUGCUUCUGUUUGUCUGCUAUUUGACACACCAGAGAGAAAGUUGUAUUAUUCUGUCACAGCGGUACUGUAAAGCUGCAACCAACAAAUAU